AUGCCUCAGCUGAGGUUUAACAUCACGAGUGUGGGUACCUACCAAGUUCCUGUCAUUGUGGGAGCGGUGGUGGGGGGUUGUUCGGCGAUCAAUGCGAUGGCGUUCCAGAGGGGUCAGAGGGAUGAUUAUGAGAGGUGGGAGGAGCUGGGUGGUGGGGAGGGGGGUGAAGUUGGGUGGGGAUGGAAAGGGAUGUGGGAGUAUUUCUUGAAGGUUUGUUGUUGAUUUUCUUUAUUGUGGUUUUGGUUCGAGGUUUAGUAUGGCUUGGAAGGAGUUUCUAAGGCAUUACCGAGAUGGUGUUCUGAGGAUUAGAGGAAAAUGGAGUGAGGCUGAUGACUAUGAAUAGGCUUCGAGGUUCAAAGAACCGGAUCCAGGACUGGCAAAGCAGUUUGGGAUUAGAUAUGAUAGAAGGCAUUGGGGGAGCGAGAACGGAACUGGUGUUUGGGCAAGUUGGGCUAAUUUUCAAUGGCCCGCUACUAGUUGAGUUUCCCCUCUAUACUUUUCCCCAAUAAAUGGAAACUGCUAACUAAGCCACUAAUAGAAAUUUUGUAUGAAGCGUGGAAAGACAUUCCAGGUAUUGAGUACCCGGAUGAUAAUGGUCAGGGAGAAAGUGGACCACAGUGGUUUCCGAGGUAAGAAGUCUUUCGAGGUGUGUAUUGAUUAUGAACUGAAAUUCAGCUCGAAGCUCCGUUGAUCCAGCGACGAUUACACGCUCUUAUUCCAAUACAGCACAUUAUCAACCUUAUAAAUCACGACUGAAUUACCAUCUCAUUACCGAACACAAAGUCUCAAAAAUCAACUUUGUAACUGCCGACGGGAAAGAACCAAAAGCCGAAAGCGUAACUUUUGUUUCACGAGAAACUGCAGAGAGGAGAACAGUGUUUGCGAGGAAGGAAGUUAUUCUUGCGGCUGGUGCAGUGCAUUCGCCGCAGAUAUUGCAGAGAAGUGGUGUGGGGCCAAGAAAGUUGUUGGAGGAGGCGGGAAUUGAGCUUGUGAAGGAGUUACCAGGUGUUGGAAAUAAUUUCCAGGACCAUACGAGUUUGAAUUUGGGAUAUAAUUGUGAGUUCGUUGUUCUUGCAUAUAUCAUAUAUUCUUUGAACAGCAAAAGAAUAGGUUGUGUCGGGAUAAACUGAAACAUCCUAGUCACAACGCAGCCAUUCCCAAAUCUGGAUGCUUUAGCAACAAAUGCCACAUACCAAGCAGAAGUUGACGAAAUGUGGAACAAAACACGAGUCGGUAAGUUCACAUCCUAGUCCUAAGCGACGACGCCUCGCUUAACUCAAACUCUAAAUAGGCCCCUAUUCAGCAUGGGGAAACACAGCAUCUCACGCCUUAGUCUCCUUUCCCGUCAUCUCUCCAGAUACCUACCAAGAUCUAGCCAACCAAAUCGAAAACCAAGAUCCCGCAGCUUAUUUUCCACCCGGAACCCAUCCGACAGUCAUUGUAGGGUACAAAGUUCACCUCCGCGUCCUCGCCAAAGGGAUGCGUUCUAAGAAUACGGGCUGGAUACAAAUUGCCAACGCACCGUCAGGAAAUGCGGCACUCACGAACUCUCACCCUUUAUCGCGGGGAACCAUCAUGCUCAACACCUCAGAUCCAGAGGGCGAACCAGUCGUAGAUUACCGCGCCAUGUCAAAUCCACUAGACAUCAAAAUCUUUGUUGAGAUGAUAAGACUGAUGCGUAGAUACGUUCUAGCAGAUGCAAUCAUCAAACAGCUUUCUCCAGUGUGGUACAACCCCCCGUUAGAGAUGACAACCGAUGAAGAGAUUGGGGAUUGGACUAAAAGAACGGAUGUCCUACUACCCACUGUGUAUCAUCCUAUUGGGACGUGUUCGAAGAUGCCGCGGGAGUGGGGAGGUGUUGUGAGUGAGGACCUGAGGGUUCAUGGGGUGGAGUGGUUGAGUGUUGUUGAUGCUAGUAUUAUUCCGAGUUUGGUGGGGGCUACUACUGGCCAGAGUGUUUAUGCUGUCGCUGAGAAGGUUCGUUUCAUCUCAACUCUCGAAGUAUAG